GAACCAUGUCACCUUGAUAUUUUCGUUUGGCUGGAUUUUUGAGAAAACAUGGAUGAACUUCUUCUUUUUGACCUGCUUUUGGAUUGCCCUAUGUGCCAAAGGAAAUUGGAUGUCACUGCCAAGGUACUGCCAUGCCAACAUACCUUCUGCCAACCUUGCCUGCAGAGGUUAUUGAAAGCAAAGAAAGAAUUCAGGUGCCCGGAAUGUCUUACCCCUGUAUUUUGCAACAUCGAGGAGUUGCCAGUCAACAUGUUUUUAGUGCAACUACUGCAUGGCGUACGAGGCAGGCAAAGCCUUGUGAGAAAAAACUCCUUACAAAGAGUGGGUGGGCUGUUUGCCAAUGAAUCCUUCAAGAGAAAUCGAGAACAAAAGGCAAAAUUUGAUCUUCAGUACAGGAUUUCCUCAAAGGCCAGGAUGCCCAGAGAAGAGGUAAGAUGUCCUACUCUAAUUAUCUAUGAUUUAAAUGUCAUGUAAUAGAGAAUCCACAAUGUCAGUAAGUCAGAAUUACAUGUAUAAUGUUUGAGUCAGUAACAAGUUUGGACAUCUUGAUCGUUCUUUUUUAAACACAGUGUUAAAUAGCAAGUGUCAUUAAUAAAUUAUAAAUUGUUUGCAGUUAGUAUGUUAUAAAAUAAGCAAAAUGUGUAUGAGCAUCUCCAGAGAUAGCAGCAGGGAAGAUGUUAAUAAAAAAAUUGUAACUGUGUAUGAUUGUACCCCCAACAGUCAGUAUGAACAGUUUAAUGUGACUUCAGCGAACGACUAAAUUUGUUACCAGGCAAGAGUUUGGGGUUUUUAAUGUCUUAAUGGUUUCUAUCUCUUAUCCAACAAUAGAAAUAAGCAAAUGUUAGAACAUCUCUCACAAAAGCAAGAUUUUACUGUUUUAACUGAAAAAGGGUGUGAAUAUAAUGAGAGCUUUGAACAGUCACAAAUUAGAAUAUAUGAGUUUAGGAACGUGCCAAUUUUCGACUACAUAAGAUUUAUCUGUACAUGUUUAUUGUUUUUACAUUGUAGGUCAAAGUUAAUAAGGUUGCUAUAAAUCUCCGAACUAGGAGUCAUUGUUAA